AUGCCCGGUAGCGGGAGCGGAGGAAGGGAUCUGGCCACCUGGAUCCCAGCCGUUUUAGGGUCUCUCCUUCUUGCACUUCUCCGGUGGUCGGAGGGGAGAGUGGAGAAGAGGACUAACGCUCCCUUCAAUAAAGGAGUGGCGGUGUUCCACCUGCUGCAUUACGACCGCGGCGGGCGGCGACUUUUCCUGGCCGGCCUUGGAGGCGAGGGGGAAAGCGCGCGCACGCCGGUGAGCAACGUCAUGGAGGAGCUCCUGGCCGGCAGUGGAGGAGUGCAGCUGCGUCGAGGUAGCACACCGAAGUUGUUCCUCUUGGCCGGCCGUGGUGGCGAGGGUGAGGACAGCAACGGUGUUGCUGCUGCUCUGCACUGGAUGCGGUGCCACAAGUGCUUUGGAGCUGCGCCUGCUUCAUCAACGCCGCCAUCGAUGCGGCGUUCUUCCUGGGAAGCUCUUCAGCAGGGGACCCUUGCCGGCAUCAUCGCCCUGCCCCUGCAUCCUAUGGACGAAAGGCGGCCCUUCUCCAGGAGUCGUAGCUCCACAGGGAGGCUUUUAUCCGGCUCGUCGUCGACAGUUCUUGCUGACCACGCCCCAAGUGGCUUGUUCCCCGGCGGCGUGGAAGGCAGUCGAUGGCGGAGUCCAUUCUCCGGCGGGGACCAGGGACUUGAUCGCACGUCACACCGCACCACCAACGCACCUCCACCACAUGCUCCCCCUCCUCUUUAUCUUCCUGUGCAAACCCUAGCUCGCCUCCUCUUCUCCCUCCCUCGCGCCGCCAAGUCUCCCCCUUCUCUUCCCUGCAAAACCACCGAGCGCCGCCGCGCAGAAAAUUUGACCGUGCCGUCGCCUCCGUCCGCCCCAAGCCUCGCUGCCGGCGCCGUUAUAUGCGCCUCGUCGUCGCGCAUCUGCUGGUACAAGGAAUCGCUCUGGGAGCCCUCCAAUCGAGCACACGGUCGCCGAUUCCCCGCGACGGCAGCCGCGCUCCGGCGAGAAAUUCCGGCCACCCUCGUCCUCCUCCGACCAAACCGAGCCCACCUUCAUCUUGCUGGAGCUCAACGCCGACGAUGCUCCGGUGACCCGCUGGACUCCUCUCCGUCACCAUAUGCUUCCCCACGUUCCGCCGCAACCCCGACGCCAUCUCGCCCCUUCCGGUUCGCCCCAGAACGGUGCUCGUCUGCAAGCCCGGCCAUGGUUGUUUCUUCCCAGAGAUUCCGCCUCGGCCUGGUUCAAAAGGCUGCACAUCUCCUUCCAAACAACAUCAGAUGCUUUAGCCCAGCUGAUCUUCUGGAGAUGGGCCUGGCCCGAGAUCCGCAGAUUCAGUCCGUCGCCACCAGCAGGCCUGAUCGGGCCCUGGACAGUGCAGCAUUUGCUUCUUCUCGGAUAGGAUCACGAAGUGUUGAUGUGAGAUACGACGAGUUCUCCGACAAGUUCUUCUGCAGCUUUUCACAGGUACGAGAUGACGACGUUAGCAAGGUUACCCUUCCGGCUUGGCCUGGGCAGGGUUAUGGACGCCACUGGUUAUCUUCAGGACUCUUAGUCCAAUUUGUAUCUUGUCCGUACUCGGACGUAUUUGGUCUUCUGUAUGAUAUGGAUCUUUGUAUGUAUCUAUUUGUAUCUUGACUCGUUGGAGUCAUUGUUGUUGUAUCUUGUGGGCUCUAUUGUAAUCCUAUUGUAAUGUUACCGCUCGUGUUAGUUCCUCUGGCAUCACGUGUGUGAUUCGUCGCGCACGUCGUGUCGGAGGGCGUCUUUGAAUCGAUAUUAUGCGGAUUUCGGCGGGUUCGCUGGGAUCCUCAUGGUACCGGUUCCGGGGCGUCACAUAGGGGUAGCUUGAUACAUGAAUUUUCUUGUUUGAAUA